AUGAAUAUCCCUAAACACAGUUUCAUUUGCUGGCUAGUAAUGCAAAGGAAACUGCUCACAAAAGACAGAACAAUGAGAAUGAAAAUAACAGAAGAUAGUGACUGUAUGCUGUGUGGAAGGAAUACAGAAACAAUAGAUCACCUAUACUUUGAAUGCACAUUCUCUAAGAUGUGCUUAAAGGAAGUCUGCAAAUGGCUAGGCAUGAAUAUAAAGAACACUAAGGUGAAUGGGAUAUGGAAAAGGAUGGCAAGAAAAGCUAAUGGAAGAAUAGGGAGAGCAUUCACAAGAUCAGUUCUGGCAGCAGUAAUCUACCAAAUAUGGAGAGCAAGAAAUGAAGCUGUAUGGAAAGGAAAAGUGCAAAGACCACAAGUAAUGCUGAAGCAGGUUCAACAUACAUGCAAACACAGGAGUAUGGAAGUUGUACAGAAGAAGAAGAAUAUGAAAGGAACAAGAUGGAUAGAGUCACUCUAUAGCUAG